GCAGCUGGAGACACCCAGAGAUUCCAUGGCCCACCGGACGGAUUGGAGAGAACGUGCCGAAUUCUUCCAGGAAGUCUUGGACAGCGCAGGAGCAAGCCUCGCUAGUGGGGGAGUGAGCUCAGCGCCGUUUGCAGAAGAUGCAACGAUGGGGAGAGACUGUGGGGGAUGACGGGGCAGAGAGUGGCCGUCCUGCCCCUUCCCUGCCCCAUCCCGCCAGAGAGUGGCUGUCCUGCCCCAUCCCGUCAGGAGCCGGGGAUUCCCCUGUGCUGCAGCCCAGGCACCUUUGUCGGAUCCUCUGCAAGGAUCUCCACUGCGCCUCGCCCAUGUUGACGGAGCCGCAGGCUGCUGCUGCAGCUCCUGUGGGAGGGGAAGCGGUGGAGGGUUCCGGGGGCACGGAGGAGGUUGGCAUACAUGGCCGGCCCUCCGUACCCGACUGCCCAAAUACGGCAGGCUCCCCAACCCCUCCACCAGCCUCUCGCAGCCCGGUGCUGCCGUCUGGGAGGGAGGUUGGUGAAUGGGACGCGGGGGCGGGUGACGGUGGUGGUGAGGCGGGUGGAGCUUCACUGGCCAGUGACAUCCGGCUGAAGGCAGAGGUCAUCGUGGGGGGAGGUGGGAGUGACCAGCAGGCUGGAGAUGGUGACUCUGGGUGGUUUAGUCCUGCCGUCUCCUUGGCAGAGGUUGGCUGUCCCACCUCCUAUGCCAGUCCAGAACCUCCCACAGGCUUUGCCCAUCAUCCCGGGGCCACCUCUACAGCCAAGCACAACCCCUCGCUGCCGGAGGCUUCUCCGGAACGGUCCCCCACACCUGCGCCACUCCUCUGCCCUCCGCUCGGUUUUCCGACCUUGAGGAAUUCCAUCCCCCUUCCUGCUGAGGCCCACCCUCCCCAGCCCACCCGGAGCUCCUCCACCCCUCCUGGGGCCAUGGUCGGGUCCCAACCCUCCGGCACGCGGGAUCAGACGUCGCCCGCCCUCUCCCAGCAACACGUCCCAUCCCAGGAUUGUGCCACAUCCCGGGACCCCAGUCCAUCCCAGGAUCAUGGCCCAUCCCAGUAUCCCUGUGGUGUCGGGCUUCCUGAACAACACCUUCCCCGGGGCUUUGACCACGGGAUGUCUUUCCCGCUGGCCAAGGUGGAAUAUGUCCCGGAGUCCAAUGGGAUCAUGGACCAGGAGAUCGUCUCCAAGCUCCCGUCUAGCUCUCCAUGCCCUGACUCGACUUUCAACACGACCUCGCCACAAUGUAGGCAUGGCCAAAUGGAAUCCCACCCGUCCCAGAAGGAAUACCAUCCCUGCUCCGACUGCGAUCCCCCAAGGCAGGACACGACGGUGGCAUCCAGGUGUGGUUCGGAAGGAACAGUUGAAGAUCUGCGGAGGUCGGCUUUUCCGGAGCAACAGGGAGAAAGCAAGGAGGCUGCGGUGGCCAAUGCAGCUGUCCUCCCAGAGUCACUGGAGCACCACUGGGCUUCGUCAGACCAGGACAUCCAGAGCCAGCUGAGGGAGUGCCAACUCAUAUUGCAGGGCAUCUCCGAGGCGCUGCAGGCCCAGGGUGUGGCCGAGGAGCACGUCACGGAGUGGAGGGAGAAGGUGGCAGAGCUGGAGAAGCAGACGGUUCCUGUGGUGACCCACGUGGCUGUGGUUGGGGACACGGGGUCGGGGAAGAGCAGCCUGCUGAACGCUCUGCUGGAUGAGGAAGGGGUGUUGCCCACCUCGGCCAUGAGAGCCUGCACUGCCGUGGUGGUGGAGAUAUCGCACAACGCCAGCUCUCAACACUACACCGCUGACGUCGAGUUCUUCUCCGUGGAGGAGUGGAACAAGGAGCUGGCCUCGCUGCUCAGCGACAUGAAUAAACGUUCCGGGCGGCGGAGGAGGAGGAGACCAGACCCCGGCUCCGAGGCCAGUGUGGCGCAAAGUCGCCUCAAGGCAGUCUAUGGACAAAUCCGGCCGUACCAGGAGCUACAGGAGAUGCGUGAAGUCACGCAGUACCUCGGGACAACCACCACCAUCAGCGAGGAGCAGGCAAGUGAAUUCCGCUCCAAAGUGGUGCGUUUCAUCGAUUCCCGCAAUGACUCUUCGGGCAGCAAGGGCGGUGAGUUCUGGCCGAUUGUGAAGAGGGUGCGCGUCCAAGUGCCACGUUCUGACGUGCUACAGACCGGCGCGGUUCUGGUGGACCUGCCCGGGGUCAGAGAUUCCAACGCUGCAAGGAACUCUGUGGCCAAAGAGUACCUGAAGAGGUGUGACGCGGUGUGGAUUGUGGCUGACGUCACACGGGCGGUGGAUGACAAGACGGCCAAGGAGAUGCUGGACGAAAGUCUACGCCGCCAGCUGCUGAUGGACGGUCAGGUUGGCUCCAUCGCCUUCAUCUGCACCAAGACCGACUCGCACAACGUCACCGAGAUCAUGAGUGCCCUCCCUCUGACCGCUGGCUGCAUCUCUCUGGAGGCUGACAUUGCCCAGCUGAGGAAACAGAUUGAACAGGGACAACGUGACCGUGAGGACUGGACAUCAGAGCUGGAACUUGCACCCUCCAGCAAUCAGAAUGGAGAAAGGACCAAGCAGGUGCGACUUGCUAUCAAACAGCUGGAGGUGGAGUUGACCGAAUUCCAUCGAGAAGUGAGUGCAAAGCAGAGUGAGCUGUCGCUGAAUGCCAUCGAGGCCCGGAAUUCAUUCUGCAAGCAAAAGAUUCGCCUGAAUUUCAAGAGGGGACUGCAGGAUCUGAAGUGCCAGGCCAGGGAUGAAGAUACGGAAAGCGAUGAGGAGCUGGGGGAGAGUGAUGAGGAGGAUGAGGAUGAGGAUGUAUUGGAGGAACAUUUCCACACGGAAUCACUCCUCCCUGUCUUUACUGUUAGCUCCACCGAGUACCUCAAGCUGAGGGACAUGCUUCAACGGGACGGCCCUCCGCGCGUGUUCCACAACAUCGAGGACACAGAGAUCCCAGCGGUGCAGAGGUUUGUCCACCGGACCACCCUGGCCAGGCAGGCGCUGGGCACCGAGGUGGUGGUCCGUGAUCUGGCCAGCUUCAUCAGCCACAUCGUCACCUACCUGACCAACCGCAGAGCCCAGGCUGCCUCGUGCCAGGCUCUGUUGCGAGGGGCCGUGCAGGACAGUCUGUCCCAUGUCCAGGAAAUCUUCCAGGAGGUAGUGGAGGACUGCAGCCUCAACGUCCGCGCCUCCUUCACCACCAUCAAAACUCAACUAAACGUGGGGAGGAAGGCAGCGCUGAAAAGCAGUGCGGACACAGUCAACCGCUGGGGCUCGAGGCCCCCUAGUGGGUUCCCGUACGCGACCUACAGGGCAACCUGUAGCCGCAAUGGCACCUACGCAUCCCCCGCCUGUGGCACCAUCGACUUCAACGAGGACCUCAGCCGCCCCUUGCUCACCCAGCUACAAGUGGUCUGGAACGCUGAGUUCAGUGGGUCGGUGCCGCGGUGCCUGCAGAGGUUUCAGGUUGCCGUCGUGGAGAAACUGGACAACUUCUUCACCGAGCUGCUCCAGAGACUGCGGCGUAUAAAGAGUGACGCCAGUGCCGUUGAAUACAUCCUCAACCAUCACCUCACCUCCGUGCGUGCCAAGCUGGAAAACUUUACCCUGGGUUUACUGGAGGACAUCGCAGACCGGCAGCGAAAUAUAUCCAGGACCCUGACUCCGGCCGUCCAAGACGGGAUGGUGCCCGCCUACGUGGAGUGCUCGGGCCAGUCCGGAGCGGGCUCCUUUGACCGGAUGAAGGCCUGCAUGGAGAUACACACGUAUCGACAUAGCCAGGAGCUCUUCAACACGGCCUGCCGCAGGCUGGAAGACCAACUCGACCUCCUGACGCAAGAGAUCCAGUCGCGCCUGAAGGUGUUUUUGGAUGAUAUCUGCAGUGAGCUGUUGGUGCUGUUUGAGCCGCUGCUGAAACCAGUGAAGAUAAUCGAUGAGAUCAUCCCCAAGCUGGCGACCAUCUGCAGGAGGAUGAAGGCUGUGUGCCACAGAUCCCAAAUCGACUUCACCUUCCCCAAGAUUGAGGAGGCGGACAAGGAGCCGGAACCCGCCGCCGCGGCGCUGAGGAAACGGGUGGAAUCGGGAACGCCACCGCUCCAGGAGAUGGGGAGAUUCGUGGCCAAAGUCAAGAUAAUGCAGAUCAAGCAGAUGCUCGUCCCUCUGCCCCACUCUGUUGAGAUUUCAUUGGAAGAAGUGGUUCUGAAAUACAAAGAGUCUGACAAUCUGCAGGAGAAGCGAAUCCCAUUCCUGCUUCUCUCCGUCUGUGAGUUCUGCACCAGUCUAUCCUUCCUCACCUUGACCCACAGGAAAAACCACACGGGCAGGGAGCAGGUCGACGUAGUGGUGCUGGAGGGAGAGCAGGCCUGCUCGCUGUUGGGCCACUGGAUGGAGGCGUUGGCCAAUCGUUGGCGCGGGCAGCUGGAGAUCAGGCCGCUGGAGCUGGAGCAGGGAGUGCAGAGACUGAGCUCGCUCGGGGUCAUCUACCAGAGCUCCGACACCACGGUGCCGAUGGAAGAGGAGACGCCGUGUGCCUGGGCGAGACCGUGUGAGGACCCGUCCCCCUCCCCCUCCCCCUCAUCCUCGUCCUGUGCCUCAGCCGUGACUCCCUCUCGCAGCAGGAAGAGAGAGUGGGGCGAGAGGGAGCAGCCCAGAGCCGUCUCCUGGGCCCACAGGAGGCAAAGCUCGCAGCUCAGUGUGGAUGCACCAGUGCAGCCUCCCGCAUUAAAGAAGGAGAAGGGAGACUGGCAGGACUCCAUCCCGUCUCAGGAGUGGCUGUGCAGGUCCAUGCCCCCUGUGUUGAAGAAGGAAUCCUACCAGCAUCCUGUAGAGGAGGACUUUGACAAACCCUGAUGUGCCUCAUGGCUGGACUGCACACCCACUCUCUGGAUCACCGGCUGCCUUCAACCAGUCAACUCCGUGUGUGUUGUGUCUUCUGCCCGGACUCCAUGCUCCGCUGGCCCGCCCCUGUUGUUCGGGUGGGUGGGUGGGGAUAGGGGGGUCCAACUCCUGUUGCCCUUGCUGCCACCUCAGCCCGCCUCUGGUGGACCUCUCACCAGCUCCUGAAUCUCUUGCACAAUAGGGUACAGGUUGUGUAGAAACAAAGUCCCGCAGAUGCUGCUGUUCACCAAAGAUAGACACCGAGUGCCGGAGUAACUCAGCAGCUCAGGCAGCAUCUCUGGAGGGAAGGGAUGGGUGACGUUUCAGGUCGGGACCUUUCUUCAGACUGAGAGUGGGGGGGGGAGGGGGUGAAGAGCUGGGGGCAAGAAAAGACCUGGACCCAUUUGAGUUGGCAACAGAUGACA